AAAACAGAUGGUGACGCCAUUGGCAUAUUGUGUUACGGCGCAUACGCAGACGAUAGCAAAAUGUCUCUCGCUAAACCCUUCUUUAUUUACGCCUCCAGUUCAGUAACGUAACCAGGAAGGAUAUUAAACACAAAAGUAAAUAGUGUCAGGCAGGGAUGAGUGCACCAGGUGAUUUUGGGUUUGCCCCACAAGCCCCAUAUCCACAGCCAGGAUAUGGCCAGUAUCCUCCACCAGGCCAGUAUCCUCCACCUGGCCAAUACCCUCCGCCAGGACAGCCAGGUCAGUACCCUCCACCAGGACAGUAUGGUCAAUACCCUCCUGGGCAGCCUGGGCAAUAUCCUCCAGCAGGUUAUCCUCCGCCAGACCAGUACCCACCACAGGGCUAUCCACAACCAGGCCCAUACCCACCACCACAGCAACCUGCGCAGGGCUAUGGAGGACCUGUUUACCCACCAUUACCAACUCCUGGACCUCAACCAGAUGAACCUCAGCCUGGAGGAUGGAUGCCUGCACCAGUUGUCAGUAACUGCCCUCCAGGACUAGAGUAUCUCACGAUGGUGGACCAGUUGCUCAUUAAACAGAAAGUAGAGCUCCUGGAAGCCUUUACUGGAUUUGAGACUUGCAAUAAGUACAAGGUACAGAAUUCCCUUGGCCAGCAAGUGUACUUUGCUGCUGAAGACACAGAUUGCUGCACUCGGCAAUGUUGUGGCCCCAUGCGACCAUUUGACAUGAAGAUCAUGGAUAAUGCACAGAAUGAAGUGAUCCAUUUGAACCGUCCUCUGGCUUGUGCCUCUUGUUGUUUUCCCUGCUGUUUACAGAGUAUCGAGGUUACCUCGCCACCUGGUAACGUUAUAGGUUCCGUCCGUCAAGAGUGGAGUAUUCUAGCCCCGAAGUACACUGUCCGUAAUUCUUCAGAUGAUGUCAUUCUCAGAAUUGAAGGUCCAAUCUGCACAUGGAGUCUUUGUGGUGAUGUUGAAUUCAAGGUACUAUCAGCUGAUGGUGAUGUUCAAGUUGGCAAGAUCAGCAAACAGUGGACAGGUCUUGUGAAAGAGGCCUUCACUGAUAGUGACAAUUUUGGUAUUACUUUCCCCCAGGAUCUGGAUGUUAAAAUGAAAGCCACCUUACUUGGUGCAGUGUUCCUCAUUGAUGUAAUGCAUUUUGAGAAGGCCAAUGACGACUGAUGACUUGUGGCAAUAAAAAUAAAAAGAUUUCAUGUUCUUCGAGAAACAAGGCAACAAAGAAAAUGAUGGUAUUGGAAUGCUCGGUUAAAUCAUUGGAUGAAAAAUUUCAGAGGUUUAUUAUUUUUAUCCUUUUUUAUUCCUCCCUUUUAUUGACCUCCAUGUAUACAGUGAUUAACAUUUUAUAAACACUCCAUUUCAGGAAGGAUGGAGUCUUUGCUCUAACAUUAUAAUUAAUAUUUGCAUUAUUUUUAAAAGUGCCUAAUUACAGGUCUCCCUCAGCAUUCGCGAGGGUUAGGGGAUCAAGAGCCUCAUGAAUGUUGAAAAACCGUGAAUGUUUGGUGCCCCAAUAUAUUGUAGGGAAAUAUAUUGCAAUACUGCUUCCUUAACUUGUUGAACCAUGAAUAAUCAUAAAAUACAUGAAAACGUCGUAAAUUGUACUAAAUAUAUACAUGUUAUGCUUUAAUAACGUAUGUUAUUUAAUAACAUGUAUGUUAAUAACAUGUAUGUUAUUAAAUACCACAGACUCCACCACUGCCUCCACCAGUGCCUCCACCACUGCGAGUCCCUACUACCCUCCCUCCGACCCCCGCAACUGGCAGGCAGCCCUCCCACCACUCAGUGUGCUGAGUGUUUUGUUUGUUCAUUAUUUGCUAUUAAGCUACAGAAUAAAUAAUGUAAACCCAUUCAUGACUGCAUAUUGGAAUGGCUAUUAGGAAAGAUGUUAGACGGUGACAUCACGUGUUUACUCUUGAACACAGCAAAGAAUCGAACAUUUCUGCUAUUGCUAAUAAUAAUAAUAGUAGGAGACGGCCGACUUGUUGAAAAAAAAAAAAAAAAAAAAAAAUAAUAAUAAUAAUAAA